AUGGAAGAGGACUUCAGAAAUCCCGAGGGACCGACAGAACAGGAGGAAAACCAGAUGGAGAAGUGGCUGGAUGAACCAGCCGCCUCCCAGGGCGAAAACGUUCGUGAAAUCGUGGUUCAGCCAGAAAAGUCAAGAGGAACAAGAAGGAAUGCCUGCCCGGCGCUUGUGAAGAACGCCGGUCACAAAUCAGACGUUAACGGCCACUGGAAAGUUCACGCGGAAGAGAAGCCGUACAAAUGCAUGGAGUGUGGAAAGAACUUCAGCCAGAGCACUCUCCUUAGGUUGCAUCAGAGAAUCCACACGGGAGACAAGCCCUACAGCUGCUCCGAGUGCGGCAAGAGAUUUUACGACAGGUCUCACCUCAACAGCCACAAAAGAACCCACACCGGGGAGAAGCCGUAUAAGUGCUUGGAGUGCGGGAAGAACUUCAGCCACAAGGUGAACCUUACCUCCCACCAGAGGAUCCACACGGGAGAGAAACCUUACAACUGCUCGGACUGCGGGAAGAGCUUUUGCGACAAGCAGAACCUUAUCAGACACCAAAGAAUCCACACAGGAGAGAAGCCGUAUAAAUGUAUGGAGUGUGGGCAGAACUUCAGGCAGAGGGCGACCCUCACCUCUCACCAGAGAGUCCACACCGGGGAGAGACCCUACCAGUGCUUAGAUUGUGGAAAGUGCUUUUUCAGAAAAGCAGAACUGAACCGACACCAGAGGAUUCACAGGGGAGAAGAAAGGCCCGUCAUCUCUUGGAGCGUCGAAAUGGCAUCAGACGGGGUGUCGAUUUUAUGUCCCAUCAGAGAACUGGCACAGGAAAACCAGCCGAUAACUCCCGUGAUUAAACAAGAACAGUAUUGCUAA